CUAACGAAUUUCGGUUCGAGUUCGCCGUUUCGGCGCCAUUUUCGAGUGUGGAAGCGGCCGAGCUUCCAGAGCAGCCGCGGCUGCCCGCGCCGCCGCCGCCUCGCCGGGGCCGGGAGCCGCCGGGACGAGCAGCAAAGGAGAUACCCGUCGGUAGUUUGAGUGCUUGCAGUGGAAGGGGAGCGGCCAACAGGGAUCAUGGCAAGCAAGAGCACCAAAACCUCCACAGCAGCCCGUGGGAAGGGCAGGGAGCCCUUGGACGAGUCCUGCAGUGACAUGGAAGUGGAAAAGGAAGGCAACAAGCAGCUUGACAAAGGUGCUCCUCAAGCAGUGUCAGAGGAGGUGGUGGAUACUCGAAGUUUAGAAGAGAUUUUGGGUAGCAUCCCUCCUCCCCCACCUCCAGCAAUGACCAAUGAACCCGGUGCUCCUCGGCUCAUGAUAACUCACGUUGUAAACCAGAACUUCAAAUCCUAUGCAGGGGAGAAAAUUCUGGGACCUUUUCAUAAGCGUUUCUCGUGUAUUGUCGGCCCGAACGGCAGUGGCAAAUCCAACAUCAUUGACUCCCUGCUUUUUGUCUUCGGCUACCGAGCCCAAAAAAUCCGCUCCAAAAAGCUGUCGGUGCUGAUCCACAACUCGGACGAGCACACGGACAUCCCGAGCUGCACGGUGGAGGUUCACUUCCAAAAGAUCAUUGACAAGGAAGGGGAUGAUUAUGAAGUCGUUCCUGACAGCAAAUUCUAUGUGUCUCGAACUGCCUAUAGAGACAACUCCUCUGUCUACCACAUCAACGGCAAGAAAAAGACUUACAAAGAUGUUGGAAUUCUGCUCCGGAGCCACGGCAUCGACCUGGAUCAUAACAGGUUCUUAAUUUUACAGGGGGAAGUGGAACAGAUCUCGCUGAUGAAGCCCAAGGGGCAGACGGAGCACGACGAGGGAAUGCUGGAAUAUCUGGAGGAUAUCAUCGGCUCUGGGAGGCUGAAGGAGCCCAUCCACACCCUGUGCCGCAGGGUGGAGAUGCUCAAUGAGCUCAGGGGACAGAAGUUAAAUCGAGUUAAAAUGGUGGAGAAAGAAAAGGAUGCCUUGGAAGAGGACAAGAAUCAAGCCAUUGAGUUCCUGUGUUUGGAAAACAAGAUAUUUAAAGAGAAAAAUCAUAUCUAUCAGUACUAUAUCCAUGACCUAAAGAAACGAAUAAAGGAUCUGGAAAUGCAGAAAGCAAAGAUUAAUGAAGAAACAAAAAGCAUCAAUGAGAAAAGCAGUAAACUUGCAGAGGAAACCAAAACCAAAAAUAAAGCUCUGAAAGAACUUGAAAAGAAAUUCAAUAAAAUUACAAAGUUCAUAGAGGAAAAUAAAGAAAAAUUUAAUCAGUUGGAUUUGCAGGAUGUGAGAGUGAGGGAAAAUCUAAAACAUGCCAAAGGCAAGAUGAAAAAACUGGAGAAGCAGCUUCAAAAGGACAAAGAAAAGGUAGAAGAGCUGAAGAAAGUCCCUUCCACGAGCACCAAAACCAUCGAGGAGGCAAAGGCAAAGAAGGAGCUCCUGGAAAAGGCAAAGGAGAAGGAGGAAGCCAAACUGCAGCAGGUUCUGGCCAGCCUUCAGGAUGAGACAAAGGAAAUUCGGAAGGAAAAAGAGGCCAAGGAGCAGGAGCUGAUGGAGUUCAGCAAGGAGGUGACCGAGGCCCGUUCCAACGUGGAGCUGACGCAGUCGGAGCUGGAGAUCCACCUGAGCAGGUACAACACGGCCUUGGCCCAGCUCAGCCAGGCCCAGGAGGCCCUGAGGAGCACCUCGGACACCCUGAGGGACAGGAAAGCUGCCAUCAAGGACAUCUCUGGGAAACUGCCCCGGGCUGAGCAGCAGCUCAAGGAGAAAGAGCUGGCUCUGGAGAAGCUGGGACGGGAGGAGCUGGGGGUGAAGGAUCUGGUGCGGAACCUGCGGCGAAAAGUGGAAGAAGCCAAAAGUUCUUUAGCCCAAAGUCGCAGUCGAGGAAAGGUGCUGGAGGCUCUGCUGCAGCAGAAGAAAGCUGGGAAUAUCCCUGGACUUUAUGGAAGACUGGGAGAUCUGGGAGCCAUCGACGACAAGUACGACGUGGCCAUUUCCUCAGCAUGUGGAGCCUUGGACCACAUUGUUGUGGACACCAUUGACACUGCCCAGGCCUGUGUGAACUUCCUGAAGGCAGGAAGGGUUGGAGUUGCCACCUUUAUAGCCCUGGACAAGAUGACUGUAUGGGAAAAAAAAAUAGGAAAAAUCCCAACUCCUGAAAAUACCCCCCGGCUGUUUGACCUGGUGAAGGUGGAGGACCAGAAGGUUCGCUUGGCCUUCUACUUCGCCCUGAGGGACACCCUGGUGGCCAAAAACUUGGAUGAAGCCACCAGAGUGGCAUUCCAAAGGGAUAAAAGGUGGAGAGUGGUGACGCUGCAGGGACAGAUCAUCGAGAUGUCAGGAACGAUGAGUGGGGGCGGGAAGGUCCUGAAGGGCAGGAUGGGAUCCUCUGUCGUCACGGAUGUCUCAGAAGAAGAGGUCAAUCAGAUGGAGGCCCAGCUGCAGAAGGAUUGUAAGAGAGCAAUGCAGUGUGAGGAGGAGAAAUCCCAGCUGGAAGAGGCCAUAAGGAAACUGCAGCAGGAGAUCCGGGAGAUGAGGAACACCUCGGAGAAGUACACGGCCAGUAUCCAGAGUUUUGCUGAGCAAGAAACUCAUCUAAAAAACCAAGUCAAGGAACUGGAAGCGAACGUCGUGGCUGCCGCUCCCGACAAAAACAAACAACAGCAACUGGAAAAAGCCCUGCAGGAUUAUCAGAAAGAUUAUGAGCAGCUGGCUGAGAAAGCCAAGGAAAUGGGAAAUAAAGUGAAAGAGCUGCAGAACCUCAUCAUGGAGACCACCAACCAUAAAGUGAAAGCCCAGCAAGACAGGAUUGACAAGAUUGACAAAGAAAUAGAUGAAUGUUCCUCAGCCAUCACCAAGGCCCAGGUGGCAGCCAGGACUGCAGACAGGAACCUGCAGAAAUCCGAGGAGGCCCUUCAGCGCACGCAGAAGGAGAUGGAGGAGAACGAGAAGGACAUCAAAAACCUGACAGCAGAGCUGAGCACGCUGGAGGACAAAGCCACGGAGGUGAUGAACGACUACAAGCAGGCUGAGGAAGCUUUGCCAGCAGUGCAGGAGGAGAAGAAGAAUUUGCUCCAGGAGAUUGAAAAGAUUCGGAACGAGGAACAUGAACUUCAGAGUGAAGCUCUGAACAUCAAACUGAAGAUUGAACAAGUUGACAGUCACAUCUCUGCCCACCAGGGAAAGGUUAAACACUGGCAAAAAGAGAUCUCCACGCUGUCCCUGCACUCCAUUGACAACAGACCCCCCGAGGAGCUGCCGGUGCUGGGGGAGGAGGAGCUGGAGGCGCUGCAGGACCCCAGCGUGGUCACCAAGAGGAUCGCGCUGCUCGAGGCCCAGAGGCACGAGAUGAAACCCAACCUGACGGCCAUUGCUGAGUACAGGAAGAAGGAGGACCUGUACCUGAAACACGUGGCAGAGCUGGACGACAUCACCACCGAGAGGGACAACUUCAGACAGGCCUUUGAAGAUCUCAGGAAGCAGAGGCUGAACGAGUUCAUGGCAGGGUUCAAUCUCAUCACAAACAAGCUCAAGGAGAACUACCAGAUGCUCACCUUGGGAGGGGAUGCUGAGCUGGAGCUUGUGGACAGUCUGGAUCCCUUCUCCGAGGGAAUCGUAUUCAGCGUUCGGCCUCCCAAGAAGAGCUGGAAGAAGAUCUUUAACCUGUCUGGGGGGGAGAAGACGCUGAGCUCUCUGGCUCUGGUAUUCGCGCUGCACCACUACAAACCCACCCCCCUGUACUUCAUGGACGAGAUCGACGCCGCCCUCGACUUCAAGAACGUCUCCAUCGUGGCCUUUUACAUCUACGAGCAAACCAAGAACGCCCAGUUCAUCAUCAUCUCCCUGCGGAACAACAUGUUUGAGAUCUCGGACAGGCUCAUCGGCAUCUACAAGACCAUGAACACCACGAAGAGCACGGCCACCAACCCCAAAGCCAUCUCCCUGAAGGGACUGGCUGAACUGGCUGCCCUGGAGGGGGGAGCCCAGAGCCAGGGGGGCCCGACUGCCCUCCCCUCUGCUGCUCUUUAGCUCUGUCUGAGCUGCUCCUGCUUUGGUUUGUACAUUUUGUUAAUAAAACCCCACCUCAAUAAA